GCAUACGCUAGCAAUCUCCACAUUGUGUUGAGCUUCACACAGCUGCCUCAGCCUCCCGCCACCUCAGUGAAGGAGAAGCCAGACCUAAACAACAUGGACUUCAGUGGAACGUGGCAGGUCUAUGCUCAGGAGAACUAUGAGGAGUUCCUCAGGGCCAUGGAGCUCCCAGAAGAUGUCAUCAAAGUGGCCAAGGACGUCAAGCCAAUCACUGAGAUCAAGCAGAGUGGCAAUGACUUUGUCAUCACCUCCAAGACUCCCGGAAAGUCCGUGACCAACUCGUUUACCAUCGGCAAGGAGGCUGAUAUCACCACCAUGGACGGCAAGAAGAUCAAGUGCAUUGUCAAUAUUGAGGGCGGCAAACUGGUCUGCAAAACUGACAGGCUCCGCCACGUCCAAGAGCUCAAAGGAGGAGAGAUAAUUGAGACUUUGACCACUGGGUCGACAACUCUCAUCAGAAAGAGCAAACGGAUAUAAACUUGGCAGCGAAGAAAGCAGUGUCUAUUUAAAUAAAAGUGUUGAUUAAAAAGA